AUGAGUGACUUGACGAGGAUUGCACCACCGAGUCAUCUUAGCGAAGCUCAGCGCCGGGCAGUCUUCGAAAAAGUCUUCCGUCAUUUGGCGGCAUACCGCAAUACAUCGGAACUAUACGCUGUAGCAGAGUACAGCCUUUCGACACUCCCUGACGACGAGAAGGAGGACAUCAGACGAUUGUUCGUCAUCCAAGUGACCCAAUGGGGACAGGACUUAUUGAAACACAUAUGGAUGGCUUGCAGUGAGCCAGGCGAAGGCGCCCCUCCAAUUCUGGGUCCGUUAUGUGAUACCUCUCUCGUUGGUCUCCCCCCCAUGCUUGUGGGUCCCGAGGUUGCACAGGUGCUCACGACGGCACUGUUUCUCGAUAUAAUAUCGCGCAAGACAUAUUCUGCUCGUACACGCUGCUUCCUAUCUUCCUUCGCUCCGCUAGAUGAAGCAGCGAUUGCAGCCGUCCUCAAAGACCCAAAGCACGCUGUGCAGGAAGCUGAAAAGAAGAUGAAGAGUGCCAAGAAAGAAGCCUCCGAACAGUCGAAGACAUUACGCAAUAUCGGGAUUGGACUCGGAGCAGUAGCUGGCGGUGUUCUUAUAGGAGUAUCGGGCGGACUCGCGGCGCCUUUAGUCGGUGCUGCCGUUUCGACAGUACUCGGCUGGCUUGGAGUGGGAGGCACAGCGGCUGGUUUGCUUGCAAGCGGAUUGGCCAGCUCAUCUGCCGUCUGCGGUGCGCUAUUCGGUGCAUAUGGAUCGAAGAAGACUGCGGAAACGGUGGGACGGUAUCUGAGGGAAGUCAACGAUUUGGCCGUUGUGCCCGUCCGUCAACCUUGCAGCACCCUAGCUGUUAGAUUGUGUGUAAGCGGAUGGCUAGAUUCUCCGGAGGAUGUCGUAGCUCCUUGGACCGUCUUUGAUGGUGACGACACGUUUGCACUACAGUGGGAAGUAGAUGCUCUGGAGAACCUUUCAAAUGCAUUCAAUGAUCUCAUCAAGGCGCAAGCCAUGUACUACGUAAAAGCGGAAAUCGUAAAGCGGACCGUCUUUGCCGCGCUGUUCGCCGCGCUCUCGCCAACCGCCUGGUUGCAAGUCACUCGCAUUAUCGACAAUCCAUGGAUGACUGCUAAGUCUCUCGCAACCAAAGCAGGGAAGGUGCUGGGAAAGCUUCUAGCCGAACGCGUGUUGGGCAACCGCGCUGUGACCCUCGUUGGCUAUUCUCUCGGCUCGAUGGUCAUAUUUGAGGCACUACAAUUCUUGGCUACUCUCCCGCCUUCCCAGACCUGCCAUCUCAUACAAGAUGUCUACCUGUUCGGUGCUCCAGUAUCUUCCGAUGAAGUGUCGUGGACGGCUGUGCGGCGAGUUGUUGCGGGCCGACUCGUUAACGGCUACAGUUCCAACGACUAUAUCCUUGCCGUCCUCUCGAGGGUAUCAAAUAUGAGCUGGGGAGUGGCUGGUCUAGUUCCAGUUAGCGUCAAGGGCGUAGAGAACGUGAGUUGUGCAAGCGUUGACGGCCACCUCAAAUGGAGAAGCAUGGUUGGGCAGUGCUUGCAGUCCUGCAGUGCGCCAGGAAUUGUGGGGCGAGAAGUUCAGAAGCAAAUAGAUGAGAGGGACAAGAAGGCGGAGGCAGACAUGGAUCUGUGUGACCUGAAUGUACAGGAAAUCCUAAGGGAAGAGCCCGCUGCGUAG